UUCUGCCUCCUCGCUUCUCUUCUUCUCCUCCUCCCUCCUCUCUCUCCGUCGUCGCUGCCUCCCCUCUCGUUGCUUUGCUUCCCCCGAUCUGCAGAGCCGGAGGCGCUCCGCCGGCGGCGAGGCAGGCACGGCGUGGACGGCCUCCCCCAUCUCCCGUCGCCACCGCGCCCUAGCCUUCUCACUCCCUCCCGGCCCCCGCGCGCGCGCGCGCGGCCGACCAGCCGGUGGUCGGCUUCCGUCUCCACUCGAAUCGAAUUCGAGUUUGUUUGGAGAGAAAUCGGGGGUUCUAGGUGAACCCCCAUGCCCGACGUUGGCGCGGUGAUCGAAGGAUCCUCGCGGCGGAGAUGAACGUGGUUGGGCGGGUAGGGUCGCUGAUCUCGCAGGGGGUGUACUCCGUCGCGACGCCGUUCCACCCGUUCGGCGGCGCGGUCGACAUCAUCGCGGUCGAGCAGCCUGACGGCUCGUACAGGAGCACGCCCUGGUACGUCCGGUUCGGCAAGUUCCAGGGCGUUCUCAAGGGCGCGGAGAAGGUGGUCACCAUCACCGUCAAUGGCGUGGACGCCAGCUUCCACAUGCAGCUCGACAACUCUGGGCAAGCCUACUUCAUGCGGGAGCUUGUGCCUGGCAGUGAAAAUUCUGGGACAAGUUCGGAGGAAGAGGAAGCUAGCUGUGAGCCUGAACCUCCGGCGCGGAGUAAGAGCGACGGGGAUCUUUACAUCGGAGCGAAAGGCAGACCAGGUAGCCCGGAGUCGAAUGUAGAGUGUCAAGAGAAGCAAGCUAUAGAGGAGUUUGAUUCAUACGGUUAUAGCAGGAUGGAGGUAGCGGAAGAUUCGGCAAAGCAACCUGAUGGGAGCAAUUCAGAGAUGGUUUUGGUUAGUGUGGAUGGGCAUGUCCUCACCGCCCCCAUUUCCUCGACCGAGGAGAAUGUGGAGGAUGUGCAGCUAAGUGAACCCCAAUUCCACUUGGGACCUGGGGAGAGCUCAAGUGGUGAUUUCAGCCGCAGUGGUGAGGUGUGGGAAGCUGGCAUUGUCGGUGAUUUAUACAUGCCACAGGAAAAGGUUAAGUUUGAUUCUGGAAAUCAACAAGAGGCUUUGGAAGAACUUGGUGAUGUACCAAUUGAGACGGAUAAGUCACAUCAUGUCCCUGUUACUGGAGAUGAAGUGCUCCAUACCUCAGUUUAUGAAGAUGUGACUAGUGCAUUGACCAAUGAAGUCGAAUCUCUAGUUGUCCCAGAGUUAGGGAAUAAUGAUGAGGACUAUCAAGCCUUGAUCAAUGUAGAUGAGGUCCAUGACAUCUCAGAGAACAAAAAUGAGGGUUGCCGACCCCCUUCUAGCCAAUAUGAGGUUUGUGAUGUCUCCAAGACCGAUGAUGAGGGAUAUCAGCCCUUGGCCACUGAAGAACUUGGUGAUGUACCAAUUGAGACGGAUAGGUCACAUCAUGUCCCUGUUACUGGAGAUGAAGUGCUCCAUACCUCAGUUUAUGAAGAUGUGCCUAGUGCACUGACCAAUGAAGUCGAGUCUCUAGUUGUCCUAGAGUCAGGGAAUAAUGAUGAGGACUAUCAAGCCUUGAUCAAUGUAGAUGAGGUCCAUGACAUCUCAGAGAACAAAAAUGAGGGUUGCCGACCCCCUUCUAGCCAAGAUGAGGUUUGUGAUGUCUCCAAGACCGAUGAUGAGGGAUAUCGGCCCUUGGCCACUGAAGAUGAGGCUCGUGAUGUCUCCAAGAACAAUGAUGAGGGGUAUCAGCCUUUGGCCACUGAAAAUGAGGCUUGUGAUGUUCCACUGCUUGAGAAUGACGAGGCUUGCAGGGUGCCAGCUAAUGUAGACAAGGUUUGCGAUGUCAGCAAUGAGGACACUGAGUUAGAAAUUGCUAGUCCUAGUUUUGGUAAAUAUGAUACUUUUAAAAGUUGCUUAGACCUCUCAUCACAAAUAGAUGACGGAGAUUCGGGAACUGAACCAUUUUCUCCUGAAUUUGAUCAUCAGCAGGGUUUUGAAUUUAGUCUGAGUAAUCGUUCUGUUGUUGACAUAGAUCUGGAGGAAGAUAUAAGUAAAACUACCCACUGUGAUCGAAAUGAUCCAUUACAGUAUCUAGAGGAGGAUAAUAAAACAGAAGGUGAAGAUAGUUCUGCCCACUGUCGCAAGGUAUCUGAUAUGUCCAUUGUAGGAGGUUCUCAUGGCAAGACCAAGGAGACAGCCUCUUCUGAAAAUGAGGCGAAUAGGCCUGAUGGUUUACAUUCAACCAUUGGAACCAGUGACAAAGACAAAUUAGGUAGCAUUCCAGAGAACUCAGCAGCUGAAGAGGAACUAAAUAAAGAAGAGCAUCCCAAAUUACAAAAGGGCUUGGGGUUCGAAAUUUCUCUUUGUGGGCACAUGCUACGGCCAGGAAUGGGCCAAGCAUCAGCUGAAGAAGUUUUCCAACAACAUCUUGUUCUUGAGGAAGAUUUCAAGUUAUCAGGAUCAUCAAUUAUGAAAAAUGUAAACCUUGUUGUCAAAUUUGAUAGUCAGUAUUUCUUAUGGAGUAAAAUUUCUCAUAUUAUUCUUGGGAAAGCUGUCUUUGGUCCGAACUUCUGCACAGAACAUAUUGAUGCUAUUCCGGUUGAACACCAAGAAACACCUACUUCAAGAGAUUCUCUUGGGCUGUCUCCCUCAAGCAGGAGAUGGAGGCUUUGGAACAUACCAUUCAGGAUAUCAAGAUCCCUUCAGCGCAGUAACAGUGAUUCAUCCGAGGACAUUUUUCUUGACACAGAAACUGUCUUGAGUCCAAUGGAUGAGCAAACUCCAGAGAAUAAUAUAAAUCAGUCACCAAGAAAGCAAUUUGUGCGAACAUUAAUUCCCACUAGUGAACAGGUGGCAUCACUAAACCUGAAGGAGGGCCAAAACAUUGUAACUUUUAGCUUCUCCACCAGAGUUCUUGGAAAGCAACAGGUUGAGGCACAUAUUUACUUGUGGAAAUGGAAUGCUAAAAUUGUCAUUUCUGAUGUGGAUGGAACCAUUACAAGGUCUGAUGUGUUGGGCCAGGUCAUGCCUUUAGUUGGACGAGAUUGGAGUCAGUCUGGUGUUGCUCGUCUUUUUUCUGCAAUAAAGGAAAAUGGAUAUCAACUAUUAUUCCUCAGUGCUAGAGCUAUAGUUCAGGCAUACCUGACCAAAAACUUUCUAUUCAACCUAAAACAGGAUGGGAAGGUAUUGCCUAAUGGACCUGUUGUGAUUUCACCUGAUGGUUUAUUUCCGUCAUUGUACCGGGAAGUUAUACGAAGAGCACCACAUGAGUUUAAGAUUGCAUGUCUGGAGGACAUUAAAGCACUUUUCCCUUCUGAUUACAAUCCAUUUUAUGCUGGAUUUGGCAACAGAGAUACAGAUGAGCUUAGUUACAAAAAGAUGGGAAUUCCAAAAGGGAAAAUCUUUAUCAUCAACCCAAAGGGGGAAGUAGCCAUAAACAGUUCUGUCGACGUGAAGUCCUAUACCUCCUUACAUACCCUUGUCCAUGAUAUGUUCCCUCCAACCACUCUUGUUGAGCAGGAAGACUACAAUUCCUGGAAUUACUGGAAGAUGCCAUUGCCAGAUGUUGAUCUGUAGUGUAGUUCUAACAAACACAGAAGUAGAUAACACUAGAUUCUGCAUCAGCAUAACAGUCAAGUCCGUGUACACUAAUUCUCAACGCUAUGGUGGGGUUCUGUCCAAUCUGUAAAGCAUCUCAGGAGUUUCCAUAUUUAUGGUUUUGAUCUCCAACGCAAAGGUUGCCAUUUUAUUUGCUUUGACGAAGCUCUCAUGAUCAUACAUCUUUUAGGGAGUGAUCUGUGAUACUCUUCGUCGAACUUACGGCCUUAGCUUGUCAGCUUUCCAAGUUGUAUCAGCAGCUGCUAGUCAGCAAUUUUUCUCUUUGUGUUCUUGUAGCUGCAGCUCCUCUAUGAUUAGAUUACUCCUGGUUCAUGGAAGCAACAGGCAACCCAAAACUGUCAAAACACGCUGUAUGUUGUACAAGAGAAAAACAUUGUACAUUUCCUACCCCAUUUUCACCUUCUCCUUGUGCUGUAUGUAACAUUCAAUGCCUGUAACUGGUAAAAGUUUCAUGUGCUCGUCAUCUGAUAUUUUGGAUGGAAUGAAUUACUCUAUAGCUGAUCAUUUUAUGAUGUGAAA